AGCGUGGGAGGACAUCUUUUGGGAUGAACCGGCUCAGCCCUUGAGCUCACCCCAAAGAUGAUGAAAUUGAAAUUCAGAGGAAAGGAUUUUUACAGGACCACGCGGCGGGCUUUGAACCCGUUUUUCCCAACCCCGAGCAUUUUCUAUUAAGCGUUCUGUUUCAAUUAUUUUAUUCGUUCAGUUAAUUCAUUCUUGGCGUCGAUUUACAGCGUUAAUGGACAGGUUCAGCCUGACCUGCAAGUCGGAACGUGACAUGGACAAACUGGCCCAUAUCGUCAGUUAUUACAUUAGUGACAUCGUGGAGCUGCCCUGUAUGCUUCCGUCCAUCAUUCUGAGAUUCACCAGAAUAAUUACUUUGAGGCAUCUCCGUUAAGAAUUUGAUUAUUUGACUUACCUCUUAUCCUUGAGGAACACAUGUGGAAGGUCGUUUGCUUUUUCUCAUAGGUUUGGAUGAAGGGGAACGUAAACAUUCUAUAUCGUUAUCACUAAUGGACCAGUAUUCUGUGGCGUGGUUGGAGCAGUAGCAAGACACGAAUAUACAGUUAUUGGCCCAAAAGUGAGUCUAGCGGCCAGAAUGAUAACUGCAUAUCCAGGUUUGGUGUCCUGUGAUGAGGUAACAUAUCUAAGAUCCAUGCUACCUGCUUACAACUUCAAGAAACUCCCAGAGAAAAUGAUGAAAAACAUCUCCAACCCAGGGAAGAUAUAUGAAUAUCGUGGCCACAGAAGAUGUAUAAUGUUUGGAAAAAGACAUUUGGCAAGAAAGAGAAACAAAAAUCACCCUUUGUUAGACUGCGAGAAAGAAUUGGAAGCCUUCCAAAUGGCACAGCAAGGGUGUUUGCACCAGAAGAAGGGAGAAGCAGUUCUGUAUGAAGGUGGAAAAGGCUAUGGAAAAAGCCAACUGUUGGCUGAAAUAAACUUCCUGGCACAGAAGGAAGGGCAUAGGCAGUGAGGGAAACACCACUAAUUUUCCUCAUUGACGAGGCCCAGUAUAUGGAUGCAGCUUCCUGGGAGUUUUUGGAAACAUUGCUCUCCAGUAUGCCCAUCAUCAUGGUGAUGACGUUGACCCCUAUCUUCACCCUGUGUGGCUGGGCCGAGCAGUUCCUGCAGAGCCCUCAAGCUAUCCUUAUGCCUGUUUCGAAGUUGGCAACAACCUCGCUGUUGAGAAUGGCAUGUUGGGAACUAGGGGUGCUACCCUUCACAGGUGCUUUGGAAACCCACUUUAUUGUGAGGUCCUAUGCCAGGACCUUCUCUCUAACGACAUGUUGCUCUUUCAUGUCCUACAAAAGGAGGAAGAGGAAAACAGCAAGUGGGAAACCCUCUCAGCCAAUGCCAUGAAAUCCAUAAUGUAUAGUAUUUCUCCUGCCAACUCUGAGGAAGGCCAGGAACUUUAUGUCUGCACAGUCAAGGAUGAUGUGAACUUGGAUACAGUACUUCUCCCACCCUUUUUGAAAGAAAUAGCAGUAAGCCAACUGGAUCAACUGAGCCCAGAGGAACAGUUGCUGGUCAAGUGUGCUGCAAUCAUUGGUCACUCCUUCCAUAUAGAUUUGCUGCAGCACCUCCUGCCUGGCUGGGAUAAAAAUAAGCUACUUCAGGUCUUGAGAGCUCUUGUGGGUAUACAUGUGCUCUGCUGGUCUGACAAGAGCCAAGAGCUUCCUGCUGAGCCCAUAUUAAUGCCUUCCUCUAUCGACAUCAUUGAUGGAACCAAAGAGAAGAAGACAAAGUUAGAUGGUGGUUCAGCCUCUCUUCUCAGGCUACAAGAAGAAUUAUCCCUACCACAAACUGAGGUGUUGGAAUUUGGAGUGCCUCUGCUACGGGCAGCUGCUUGGGAGCUCUGGCCCAAGGAACAACAGAUAGCUCUGCACCUUGAAUGUGCCUGCUUUCUCCAAGUUUUGGCCUGCCGCUGUGGGAGCUGCCAUGGAGGAGACUUUGUCCCCUUUCAUCAUUUUGCAGUUUGUUCUACUAAGAAUUCCAAGGGGACCUCUCGAUUCUGUACUUACAGAGAUACUGGCUCAGUGCUAACACAAGUGAUCACAGAAAAAUUGCAGCUGCCUUCUCCCCAAGAUAGUUUUCAGUUCCAGACAAAGCCAUCCAGAACUCAGGAGGCCUUCUCAAGUGAAUGCUGCAGAACAGAGGAAGAGUUCCUAGAUCAAGUGAAGAGGAAGCUGGCUCAGACCAGCCCUGAGAAAGACCUGUUGACCACAAAGCCUUGUCACUGUAAGGAUAUCCUGAAGUUAGUGCUCUUACCCCUCACCCAGCAUUGCUUGGUCCUUGAAGAAACCACCUGUGCAUUUUAUUACCUGCUGGAGGCUGCGGCUGCCUGCUUGGACCUGUCAGAUAAUUAUAUGGCCUUCUUUUAUUUGAGGAAGGCAAGCAGUCUUCUGGGCCAACCCUCAGCAUUUUCAUUUUUGAAAAAACAGAAGGUGAAGAUCUGUCAGUUUGAGGAGGCCACUUUCUGCCGUCUUCUGUCAGAGGUCUGUUUCAACAUGGGACGUAUCACUUUAGCCAAAAAAUUGGCUAGGAAAGCCCUUCGACUGCUGAAAAGGAAUUUCCCUUGGACCUGGUUUGGUGUCCUUUUCCAGACAUUCCUGGAAAAGUAUUGGCAUUCCUGUACCCUGAGCCAACCUCCAAACGACCCUAGUGAGAAUAAGAAGAAUUUGGCAGUCCUGCAGCAGCAGGUGCAUUGCCUCUCCCUACUCUGGCAGCUCUAUAACCGGGAGGCCACAGCCAGUAGCUACAGGUUUGCCUGCCUGGCUACUCUUAUGCAGAAGAAUUCAGCUGAUGAGUUUGCAAAUGAAGCCCAGGUUGUCUCUACCUAUGUGGAGCUCUCUCAGUUCUCCCAGAGCGUGGGCAUCAAGGACAAGUGGCUGCACUGUGAGCAGAUGGCCAUUCAGAAAAGCAGUUUAUGUUGGUUCUCCAGGGAGGGGUUGUUGGCCACAGCUCAGCUCAUGCAGGCCCUGGCCUACACCAAGCUCUGCCUUGGUCAUCUUGACUUCUCCAUCAAGCUGGGAUUGCUGUGUCGGCCCUUUAGUAAGUGUCUGCGUUUCGUUCAAGUCUACGAGCACAGCCGUGUUCUAACCUCUCAGAGCAAUGUCAUGCUGGGGGUCCACUCCUCCCUGGCCAUGUGGUUUGCCCAGGAAUCACAGUGGGACCUGUUUGAGCACUAUUUCUCCAAGGCUUGCCAGUUGGUGAAAAGAACCAAUGCCUCGCUAUUUGGUGCACAUGGCUUUGUCCGAUUCCUAGAAUGCCAUGUGUUAAUGUUACAGAAAAUGCCAGAGGGUAUCUUCAUGCAUAUUCCUCUAGAGCUUCGCAGCCAAACCCUUGAGUACUUUAAGGAGUUCUUCUCUCAAUGUGUGACCUGCCCUGUCUAUCACCAGUGGGUAUCUGAGCUUAAGGCCUCUGUAAUGAGAUGUGAAAAGAGAGAAUUAAUGUCCCUGACUAACAGCAUCAGACCUUUUCACACCUGCUUGACCAGGAUUUGGAUAAAAGGAGAAUUUCUGCAGGAAAAUAACUCUUAGAAAAGAAACUUAGGAAUACAGAGAUUUGACAGAGUGGCUGAUGUCAAGGAGAACAAGGAUGCAGAAGAAACUCAAGAUGUAUGUAUUAAAACAAAAGAACAAUAACCUGAAGGGACCAUGAUUCUGUUAUUGUAUAUAACACAAGGAAAUGCCCCAGAUUCUCCUUUUAAAGAUAUAAUGUACAUAUUAAGUAUACUAGCCUUUAUAGUUACUGCUAUCUACAUGUUUAUCAAAAUAAAAGACUAUUUUUUUCUAAAA